AUGUUGUGCGUGAAUGGAGGAUUGGAUUUGAAUGAAAAUCGGGUUCAAAAUGUCGCCAAUGCACUCGUCGAAGCGCCAUCAUCGACGACAAGUCUCCCAAAUCCUCAACGUGAAUCGCAAUGCCCAUGCAAUCGCCUAACAGCUUACAACGAUAUCGUUUUAAUAAUAGAAAGCACUGAUGAUGUGAAGAAGGAGAACUUUGAUAAGUGGGUAUCGUUUGGCAAAGAAACACUGGCCGAGAUGUCGAUCGGUCUUGAUGCGGAAACCGAGCAACAACUCGGUGUGCUUACCUAUGAUGGACAGGUGCACGAGGUUGCCGGUUUAAAAACCUAUAGAAGUAAAUCGGAAAUGUUGAAAGCCGAUUGGGCGUUUAGUGGUGGAAGUGGAAGCAAUCUGGCAGGUGCAAUCGAUAAAGGAGAGGACUAUUUAUCCACCUCUUCACCAGAUCAACGACCAACUUCGCGAAAAGUGAUGCUCAUCUUUGCCUCCACCUAUUACCAAGAUCCAAAUGAACUCGAUUCACCAAUCGAUUCCGCACGAAAUUUCAAAGAAAACGAUGGGAUCAUUAUUGUAGUUGGCUUUGGUGGUUUACACGGUGAAGUGAACGCGACACUUCGUCAAGUGGCAAGUGCUGGAUAUUUUCUGCAAAUUGCUGCACUAGGGGCAAAUGAGGAUGACGAUGCAGUGGCAAAGGAAACAAUAAUCCAAUUGUUAUGCGCAGCGAAUUGUUUCUGCCCUGGGGACUUCGAUGACAAUACAAACAAAUUCGUUGGAGCGUCGUUUAGUCCACUUGGGAUACCAAAUGGUGGAUGUUUCUGGGAUUCAACAAUUUCUCCAUCUUUACCAAUUCCCGAUGAUGACAAGACGUGUGCUGUACUUCGAUAUGAUCAAUAUCAAGCAGUUAAA